GUGGUGUUGAAGAGCCCAGCAUGGCCUAGCGUGGAGUUCAGGAGUCAUCCACAAUACAAGUUCGACUUUCACCAUCAUCAUAUUUCUUGUGGACAAAAACAGAAGAGGCACAAACAAAGCUGCGCGGCUCAUGAUUAAUAUUAACAUCUAUAUAAGUAAGUACAACCACUGAUUUUUGCAGGUUAUAAAAGUUGUAGGAUUACGUGUCGAAAAAAACCUGUCGAGUCACGGGGAUGAGAUGAAACUAUUGCUUUUUAUGGUUCCGAACAUCACUAUUGUUUACUAAAAAAGUUGACAGUUGCAGCUUCCUGUCGUGGUCCUCGUCGACAUGAAUUCAUAUCAUGUUUUGGAACUGGUAGGAGAGGGCUCUUUUGGACGUGUUCAUAAAGGAAGAAAGAAAUUGAAUGGCCAAAUUGUUGCUCUUAAGUUCAUGCCCAAAGUGGGUCGAUCUGAAAAGGAACUGCAGGGUCUCAAGAGGGAAAUUGAAAUCAUGAGGAAUCUUCAACAUCCACAUAUUGUUCAACUCUUUGACAGCUUUGAAACUGAAACUGAGGUAGUGGUUGUUACAGAGUAUGCAGAAGGCCAGUUGUUCCAGAUCCUUGAGGAUGAUGGGAGUUUCCCAGAAAGCCGGGUCAGAGAAAUUGCCUGCCAGUUAGUCUCAGCUCUGUAUUAUUUACACUCUCAUCGAAUUCUCCAUCGUGACAUGAAACCACAAAAUAUUCUGUUAGGAAAAAAUGGAGUGGUAAAACUGUGUGACUUUGGGUUUGCAAGGGCUAUGAGCGUCUCUACCUUGGUGCUGACUUCAAUUAAGGGAACUCCACUGUACAUGUCACCAGAGUUGGUAGAAGAGAAGCCAUAUGACCACACGGCUGAUCUCUGGUCUCUAGGCUGCAUUCUUUAUGAACUCCACACGGGGGCGCCUCCAUUCUACACCAACUCCAUCUUCCAUCUGGUGCAGCUAAUUGUGAGAAAUCCAGUCAAAUGGCCUGACACUAUGAGUGACACCUGCAUGAGUUUUCUGAAGGGGUUGUUGACCAAGGACCCUCAAAAGAGGUUGUCGUGGCCAGACCUCCUGCAUCAUCCAUUUGUAGCUGAUAAUGUUGUAGUUUUGUCAGACUCCAGUGUUCACAGCCCUCUGACAGUCACACCCAGCCCUGACAUGUUGGCUCUAAAACGUCAGCAAGUCUCUGCAAAGACGUUACCAUCUUCUGGAGAGAGCAGAUUAUUGCAAAAAGUCAGGGGGCAAAGAGACAACGGAAGGAAGCCAAGUGGCAAUGACACUAUGAAAAAAGUAAAAGAUGGAGUAGUAAAAGAAAAUGGUUCCUUCAAGGCAGCAGCAUAUCCAAGAGCUCAGCCGUCCUCGAGAGAAGAGACAGAUACUCCAGGUCACUUUAUCAACCACACUGCAAAUAAUCGUAUCCAUACAAAAUCAAAACACAGGGGUCAGAUCAGCAGAGAUUAUGAGAAAGAGUUUCCUUCUGUAGAGGUUGGUCCACAAGUAGUAGUGAGGUGCAACAAGGAAAGACGAGCACCUGUGUGCACACAAGAUGUUGACAGUGAAGAUUACUGGGAAAAACUGUUCCAGGAAUCUGGUCAAAGCAGACACAAACUGUUAAACCACAAGGAUUUCAUCCCCAGGCUCACAUCCAAGAUUUUGGAAUUUAAAGCUGAGCUAAGAAGUGGAACUGUAAAAGAACCACAGCAGAUUCAUCAAACUCUGAAGGUUUUAAGAAAUGUGAUCCUGGCGUCAGACCACGAGAAGUCACAUUACCUCUGUCGAGAAAUUGGACUACCACACCUACUCCUUGACCUGGUCCAUGACACUGUGGCAAAUCCAAAUUUCAUCAAGCAACCAUGGAGUGUGUCAGCACUUGGAGAAAUGAUCAUAGUGCUCUUGAUCUUCUGGGAGAAGCACUGUGAUUGGGCUCAGGAAGAACACAGAAUACAAGAAUACUCCAAGCCUUUCAUUGCCAUUCUCAGUCAACCAAAGUUCAGUCCUUUGGCACCUCUGGCUGCCUCAGUUUUGUCUCUGUUCUUACAACAUGAGUUUGAUGUCGAAGCUGAUGUGGAUACUUUGAUCUCCCUGUUGAAAACACUUUUGGAAACAAAUGAGUGUCUUUUCUCACUACCUCCUAACUGGGGACUCUGUGAUGGCUUCCUCUGUUUACUCCUUCACACACUCCCUGAGCAUGAAAGGGGCCCCAGAUCGUCACAUUUAGAUCCAGUCACAUUUCUGGGUCUGUGGAAGAGAAUUGGCUCCUCACUGGAAAGAACACCUCCAGACACAAAAUUUUGUUCAACCAUUGGGCUGUACUCCUUUCUGUCUCUGGCACUGUUUGUGUUCACCAAGGAUCCAUACUCCUGCAUUCCUCUUUUUUCUGACAGCGAAUCAAAAUGUGUGUACACUCUCAGCCAGCUGCUCAGCACUGAAUGUCUUCUUCUGUUUGCUGAAGGCAGCCCUGGGAGACCUGAGGAGGAUUUGAAUCAUGACAAUUUGUCCAUGUUGAGCUGCCACUUGCUGUGUUUCCCGUUCGCCCUGGACCUGCCUGCACACACCAUGUCCAGGAUUCUUGAGUUGUAUGACAGCUGCGGUAUCGUUGCAGGCCUCCUGCAGGUGAUUCAAAUGCUUACCCCUUCAUCAUUAGAGCUGCCUCUUUCGCUGCUGAGCCGUUUGCUGCUUUGUGACCCCGGGCGCUCUGUCUCCUGCCUCAGAAAAGCUGCCGGUGGCUUUUUGUUGCCACCCAGAGACAGUCAGCUCACCGCCUCUAGACAUCCAGGAACCAGAACCGCUAGCUCCCUGCUGUCUGAUCUACUGCAGCUGGACGUACUGUGGGACUCUGCUGUGGAGCUGCUCACCUUGCUGUCCCAUGUAGCUCGAUAUGCCCCUCAGUCUACCUGCCAUCAGCUGUACCUGGAAGCCUCAGUGCUGCACCAGGCCCUGACUCACUCUCAUGACCCAAUCAGGGCUGCCACAUGCAGACUUUUGGGAAAUUUGCAUCCAUUCAGGCCUAUCAUACUACCCACCCUGAAGCCUGCCACUUUCAAACACUUAAUAAACUGUCUUCGUGAUGCCUCUGUACCUGUCCGGCGAAUGGCUUGCAGGGCAGUUGGAAGCUGGUUGGGAUACAUUGCAGAGGCAGGCUUUAAAAUGAGCAGGUCCAAUGGAAAGGGCAGUGACAUUACAGGGUGGAGCAAAGAAAAGAGCAAAAAUAAACAGAAGUGUUUACCAGGAGAUUUGGCUACUAUAGUAGAACAGGGGGUGGAUGAUGAGGAUGAUGAGGAUGGGAGCAGGUGGAUGGAAGAAGCGAGGAAGACCGUUGCUGUCUUGGCAUCCUUGAUUUUUGACCCUGAUGCUCUGACUCGCUGUCGCUGUUGUGCAGCCCUGGGAAACCUUGUAAAUGUUAACGGUGCCGUAUCUCUGCUGUUAGAGGAGAACGUGUCCAGGUUACUUCUCAAAGCUGCAUGCGUGGAUUCCCAUAAUGCAGUGAGACAAGCUGCCAUAACAACUUUACGUCUGUACACCCUGCAGGAGCCAAUACGUCAGGUCCUGAUCUCCCUAGGUGCCAGGAAGAAACUUUGUCAGGCUUCACACCGUGCACCUCCACAGUGUGACUAUCAGAAGCUCAUUGGACAGCUGUGAUUCCUGUAAGUCAGUCACAGAACACAGAUCAGUGGAAAAGAAGAUAUCUGUUGAAAUACAUCUAUGUGAUGCCCGAUAAGACCGAAUACUUCUUCAGACACAGUUACAUUUUCAAGUAAUUUUUUUUCUCCAAUGUUUUUUUUUAAAGAGACGAACUGGAAAUGAAAUGGUGCAA